GGCCCCACUUUCAAGAUUGUCAAAUUGCAUCCCCCUCCACUCCAGAGCCAGAGCCAGAGCCACUUCCCUUCGCUCUCUCUGGCAUGUGCCGUGCUUCAUCAGCUCCUGCUGGCUCUAGCUCAUGUCCAGUUCAGAUCAAAGAUUGUUGUCAAAACCAUGUUCAUCAUCAGCAUGAAGUUGCAGCUCAGGAUGCUGAAUGCUCAUUAGUUUCUGAUUCCCAAUUAAUCCUCACUCUCUCUCUGCCCUUUCUCUUGACUGGGUAUGGAUCCUAAAACCCUUCUGGACUAUGCUUUGUUUCAGCUCACUCCAACUAGAACCAGAUGUGAUCUUGUGGUCUUCGCUGGGGGGAUAAGUGAGAAACUGGCUUCUGGGCUUGUGGAACCCUUUGUUUGUCACCUCAAAUUUGCAAAAGAUCAGAUUCCAAAAGGUGGGUAUUCGAUUACCCUCAAGCCACCAAGAAUUGAUGCCUCCUGGUUCACCAAAGCCACUUUUCAAAGAUUCGUGCGUUUUGUAAGCACACCAGAGGUCCUUGAGAGGUUUGCACGCCUAGAAAAAGAAAUUUUGCAGAUUGAGAGUUCUGUUCAGCCUAAUGAAUUUGCCAACGGGAAUGCAGAGGGGCAAGGAGAGGAAGGAAGUUUGUCUAUCACCAAUGGGGUAAAAAGGCAGUCAACUAAUUCUUCCAAGCUUAACGGUGAUGUAAAUGGAAUUGAUGAAGCUGUACAAGAAGAGAACUCCAAGAUUCGUCUUCAACGACUUCUGGAUACUCGGAAAGCCUUACUACGGAAAGAGCAAGCAAUGGUUUAUGCCCGUGCUCUUGCUGCUGGAUUCGAAUUAGACAAUAUAGAUGAUCUCAUAUUCUUUGCCGAUGCUUUUGGAGCUUCACGUUUAAGGGAUGCUUGUAUGGAAUUCAAGGAACUGUGCAAGAAAAAGCACAGUGAUGGCCUUUGGAUGGAUGAGUUAGCAGCAAUGCAGGCAUCCUCACAACCAGACCUCCCAUUCCUUGCCACAUCUGGGGUAAUACUAGCUUGUGAAAGUACUCCCUUGAGUCAUAACAUCAUGCUAAAUUCUCAGAGUAAUGGUAUCUCUGCUGGUAUACUUGUUUCAAAUGGUUCUUUGGAUGCUUCAUCUGACUCAUUUGCAAGCCAGGCUAAUUCGGACACUGUCAAAGAUAAUAACUUGUCUGCAUCAGAUCAAACACCACCAAAAGUUCAAGUGCCAAUGUCAUGGCCAAACCAAAUUCCUCAAUACAUGUACAAUUUUCAGGGCCCUGUUCAACAAAUGCCUCCAUAUCAAGCUUAUCCUUUCCCUGGUAUGCCACCAUAUUAUCCUUUCCCUAGGGAACCUGAUCGUCGUCGCCAUCAAAAGUCAUCUUCAAGUAAAAAGGAGAAAUCGCCAAACGUGGGACCUGGAACUUCGGAAGAUGAACAAACUGAAUCCAGUGAUUCUGAUACCAGGAGUGAUCCUGAAGCUGUUUCACCUGAUGACAGGAAGAGCGCUUCAAAGGAAGAAUCAUACAAGAAAAAGCACAGGAAGAAGUCAUCAAAAACAGUUGUCAUCCGAAAUAUCAACUACAUCACUUCCAAGAGUAGAAAUGAAGAAAAGGAUGGAGCCUCAUAUGAUUCUUCUCCGGUUGAGGAUGUGUUAGUUGACGAAGAUUCCCUCAGGCAGAAGGUAGAGGAAGCAGUUGGAUUGUUUGAAAAACACCAUAAGACAGCUAAUAAUAAAAAAAGAGGUGGGAACAAGAGUGCAAAUUCUAUAAAUGGAUCGAGUGGAUCUGCUGAGCAAGAGCUUGAGAGUGAUCCUGUUAAUGAUACAUCUGAGAGAGGAAAAGGAAAUGAGAACUGGGAUGCCUUCCAGAACCUUCUGAUGAAAGAGAAAUAUGCAACUACUAAUGAAGUAGACAGCCAGCAGCCUCCGGAUGUUCUUGAUGAACAUAUUACUGUCAAGAGCUCCAUAGACAGUGUCACAUCUGCAGAUGUUGAUUCUGUAAGCUUUGACUCCAAGAAAGUUUCAAGGCGACAGAUAAUUAGAGCUGAUUCCUUUAUUGUGACUGAGAGGAUUGAAGCAAAUGAAGUUAGGGCUAACAUGGAAGAUUUUGGCAGUUAUGAGACUCUUCGUCCAAAUAUAAGGAGAAGGGAUUCUUCAGAGGCAUUAAUAUUUCCAGAGAGACUGGAUGAAUCAAAUAACAGUCUCGGAGGAAUACCAUCUGAGUGUGGUAGAGAGUCUUCCAUCAUCAAGAAUGGGCUGGGAGAAGACUGGUUCGUUGCCAACCACUCAAGAAAAUCUGAUCAGCAGGAGGUAACUGUCGGUCAGGAAAUGCUUGAUGGUGGUUAUGCUUUUUCAUCUGGGCAUGAUUGCUCUCAUAUGGAGACAACUAAAAAUAUCGUUCCUAUUGAUGAUUCUUUCAUGGUACAAGUUCACACGUCCAUUGAUGAUCAAUAUGACACACACUGGAAAACGGACAUAAGCAUGGUCUCGGACAUGAUUGUAACUCAGCAACCUGAAAAUGGCAUCCCUGAUUCCUUGCAGAACAAAAUUGGGAAAUCUGGUGCCUGUGAGCCUGAUGAUCUCCAUGUGGUGCUUUCACGUGAUUCGGGAUUUGAGACUGCUAGAGCGUCUUGGUCGCCGGAAAUGGAUUAUGGACUUGAAGCUUCUUUCACAGAAGCUGAAAAGUCACCAUUUGUUGAAACAAAUGAACAGGUGGAAGAUAAGGCAUCCACUAACAGCAAGAUCGCCAAUGGGAGAGCUUCUACGGGUGGAUCUAGAACAAAUAAUUCACAAAAACUUUUGAAGUCUAAAAGUUUGCAAGGAUCUCCUGCAAGGAGCAAAUACGAUGCUUUAGCAAAAAGCAAGACACCAUUUUCUUCAAAUAGGUCAAUGACUCAAAAGAGCAAGUUGGAAAAGGAAGAAGAGGCUCGAAAGAGAAUGGAGGAAUUACUGAUCCAACGACAGAAGAGAAUUGCUGAAAGAACUGCAGUGCGUGGUCUCACUCCCGCAGUAUCUAAGAAAGUCCCGGUUGGAGAUAAACUGGCAUCCACAACGCCUAACAAGCACAGGUCUCAACUGGCCACCCAGGCUUCAACUAAAUCAAGCAUUACAAGCUUGGCCAAGGAUCGCCAACUUAAGAAAACAAGUGCCUAGGCAAUCGGCGUUGUUAAUGCUUAGCCCCUCGACAAAAUCCUGGAAAAGCUUUUUGAGGGCUGAAACAUUGAAGAGAACAAUGCAGCUAACGAAGCUCUCCAGAUUCAGCAGCAAUUCAAGAGAUAAAUCGCCCGUGGCAGCGGGUUGAACCUUAAAGCUCCUGAAUUUUGAUGGACAUUGAGAAAAAUGUGCUGUUGUUUCGAUGGAAAGGGCCAUGGAUCUCUUCCCAAGGUAUCAUUUCAUCGUUGUAUUUCUUUGUGUUUCCACUUCAGAUAACUAUCAAAUAUAGGCAAGCAGCAUGUCACAGUUGAUAUGGUUUAUCAUUUAUAGGCCUCUAAAGCCUCCUAUGUAUAGUGUCAUUUGAGAUAGGAUAUCAAAAUCAUUUAUUUGCUUUGCUGCUACAUUUCAACUAUGCUUUGAGUGACUUAAAACUUAUGUAAUAAAUUCUUUUAAAGGUGAGUUUCUCAUUUUGGAUU